AAGCUCCAUUUCAACAUACAACCCUCUGAAAAUCACACACAAGGGGACAUACAAGCAUUCCGCGACACUGCGCUGACGAAAGAGCCAAGAUGGAGGGCUUCAGUUCCAAGACGAUGGCGAUGAAAGCCCAGAAAAAGAUUCUGAGUCACAUGGCCAGUAAGUCAAUGGUCCAAAUGUUCAUUGAUGACACUAGUAGUGAGGUUCUGGACGAGCUGUACCGGGUGUCUAAGGAGCACUCGGGGAAUCGGGACGAGGCUCAGAAGGUGGUGAAGAACAUGAUUAAGGUGGCAGUGAAGGUCGGAGUUCUGUUUCGACACGAACGUUUCAGCUCCGAGGAGUUAGCAGUGGCACAGGACUUCAGGAAGAAGCUUCACCACGGAGCCAUGACUGCCAUCAGCUUUCACGAGGUGGAGUUCACAUUUGAUAAAGUGGUAAUGGUGGAUCUACUGGUGGAAUGUCGGGACCUUUUGCUCAAACUGGUGGAAAAACAUUUGACGCCCAAGACGCAUGACCGUAUUCGUCAUGUCUUCAACCACUAUGCCAACCCAGACCUGCUAACCCACCUAUACGACCCAAAGCGGUCACUCUGGCCAAAUCUGACCAAGAUCUGUGCUGGACUCAACAAAAUGAUUGAGGAGGGGAAGCUCUGAGAACCAGUCCAAAGCAAGAGGGACUGAGAAACUGAGUCGGGUUUAGGCCUGGAAUGGUUUGGGUUUGAAACGGUUUUGGUAAUGAUUUGGAUUGGUUUGGAGUUUGGGUUUGGUUCUGCCAAAAGGUCUGGUUCCA